AUGCAACCCUUAAAUCUUGAGCAAGAGCUACAAAACUUUCAGCAACAAAAGUACCCCACAUUAGAGCAAACAAUAGCCAAUAACCAACAAGUACUAUCCAAGCGUAAACGAUUUUUUACAACUGACUUGAAACAAUCAUUUCAACUACUUGAAAUUGUCACUAUUGUCCUAAUUUAUUUACGAGAUUUGUCAUUUUUCCAACUUUUCCUUCGCAGUACCAUCCAUUUCGCCAUUUUGAGCAUAAACCCUGAUUACGUCAGUCGAUAUUAUAUGUUCUCCACCCAUCAUAUCAAGACCAUGAUCAAGAUGAGCUUUCGUGGUGUUGUGUUUAUGAAUUUGUAUUGCUUUUUAACACAUUUAAUCUUUGGUGUCUAUUCUAGAAGCCCUAGUAGUAGUCGAAGUGAUGCUGGGGAUGAAAGUCUGGGGUAUUUAUAUGGUGGAUUGACUGUACAAUUUAUUGGGGAAAGAUUGCCCUAUAAUCGAGGGGAGUUGUUGGGAUUAGAUGUGGCUGUGUUUGUAUUACAAAUGAUUCUUUUAUAUUUGCAUGGUGUUGUUGGUAAUGAGGAAGUAUUUGAAGAAGGAGAAGACGAAGACGAAGAAGAAAGAGCCGGACAGGGUGAGGUAUUGAAUGGGAGGAAUACGACUAGCCUUGGCGAAGGAAGGGCAACCGAGGAUAUAGGAAGGUCCUUGCUGCUGGUUCUGCUGUCACAGAGUGGUGCUGAGGAUAUACCAUUAAGUGAAUUGCUAAACAAUGGACAUCUUGAUGAUGAAGUGAUUAAUAAAGCUCGAAUUGAAGGGGAUGGUUAUAACGGAAACGUGCAAUUGAUGACUAUUGAUUUACUUGAUGGUGUUAAAAAGAUGAUGAAUUUGAAGGUGAAUAUACAGGGUGCUGGAGAGAGUAGUGGGUUAUCCACGUCUUCUUCAACAUUGCCUGGCGCCUUUCCAAGAGUGUCUGGCUUGGUAUGA